AGGCAACAAACAUGCCUCAAUGGCAAAUGAAAUUAGACCUUGAGCAAAAGCAUAUGGUUUCAAGAACUCCUUUACAAGAGUCGUUGAAUGAGAACGCGCAAUCCCAUAGUAGUGGAGAGCGUAGUAGAAUGGAAGAAGUCAAGAGAAAUAAUAAUGCAGGGAAGAGAAGAGGUAGGAGGAAAGGGAAAGGGAUAUUAGUCGAAAAAAUGCAGGAUAUGAGUAAUAACUCUGAGGUUUCCCCUGCUUGUUCUGCUUCAUCAUCAUCCGAAAGAAGUCUUGUGUUCCCUCGUAGGCCGGGAUAUGGACAAUUAGGUACCAAGUGUUUGGUUAAAGCCAACCAUUUCAUUGCUGAAUUAUCAGAAAGGAACUUAAGCCAGUAUAGCGUAAGAAUUACUCCUGAAGUUAGGUGUACAAGAUUGAACAAGGCUAUAAUGGCUGAGUUGGUUAAACUUCAUAAAGACGCGGACUUGGGAAAAAGAAUUCCGGUUUUUGAUGGAAGAAGAACGCUUUACACAGCGGGGUUACUCCCUUUUAACUCGAAAGAGUUCACUGUAACUCUUGGUGAUGAUGAUGAAUGGAUAGGAAUCACAAAGGAGCGUGAAUUUACUGUCACGAUCAAGUUCAUCUCACAAGCCAACAUGCUUCAAUUACGCGAACUUCUUUCAGGGAAACACGUUGAUAAUCCUCCACAAGCACUUAAAAUCAUCGAUAUUGUGCUAAGGGAACUUGCUUCUCAAAGGUACAUAUCCGUUGGGAGAUUUUUCUAUUCUCCGAAUAUUAAAAAGCCACAGACACUAGGUAAUGGUUUACAGUCUUGGAGGGGUUUCUACCAGAGCAUAAAACCUACUCAGAUGGGAUUGUCUCUCAAUAUUGAUAUGUCAACAACAGCAUUCAUCGAACCACUCCCGGUUGUUGAAUUUGUUGCUCAAGUUUUGGGAAAAGAUGUAAGUUCAAGGCCAUUGUCCGAUGCAGAUCGAAUAAAGGUUAAAAAAGCUCUUCGAGGUGUUAAAGUUGAAGUGACACAUAGGGGAAAUAUUCGAAGGAAAUACCGAAUUUCUGGAUUGACAUCACAACCAACAAGGGAGCUAAUUUUUCCUGUCGAUGAGGAGAAGAACAUGAAAUCAGUCAUCGAGUAUUUCCAGGAGGUGUAUGGAUUCACCAUUCAGUAUCCUCAUCUACCUUGUCUUCUCGUGGGAAGCCAAAAGAAAGUGAAUUACUUACCGAUGGAGGCUUGUAAGAUACUCGAGGGACAGAGAUACACCAAAAGGUUGGAUGAGAAGCAGAUAACUUCACUGUUGAAAUCGUCAUGCCAAAGACCACGAGAACAAGAAAUGGACAUUUUGCAGACCAUUCGCCAGAACGGAUACAAGCAAGACCCUAUUGCGAAGGAGUUUGGCAUCAAUAUUGACGAUAAGCUUGCAUCAGUGGAAGCUCGAGUUCUCCCUGCACCAUGGUUAAAGUACCAUGAUGCAGGGAAGGAAAAGGAAUGUCAUCCACAGCUAGGCCAGUGGAACAUGUUAAAUAAGAAAGUAAUUAAUGGAAGUACUGUAAACCACUGGGCUUGCAUCAACUUUUCGUGUAACGUCCAAGAAAAUGCAGCCCGUGGCUUUUGUCAUCAGCUUGCCCAAAUGUGCCAAAUCUCUGGAAUGGAAUUUAAUUGUGAGCCCAUGAUACCGGUUUAUUAUGCAAGACCAGAUCAGGCAAAGAAGGCAUUGAAUUAUGUAUACAAUGCUGCUGCUAACAAACUUGGAGGAAAAGAAUUGGAGUUACUAAUUGCCAUUCUACCUGACAACAAUGGUUCUUUGUAUGGUACUCUGAAGAAAAUUUGUGAGACGGAUUUGGGUAUGAUUUCUCAGUGUUGUCUUACAAAGCAUGUGUUAAAAAUCAGCAAGCAAUAUCUGUCAAAUGUAUCACUGAAAAUAAAUGUGAAGAUGGGAGGAAGGAACACUGUACUUUUAGAUGCUUUGAGAUGGAAAAUUCCUCUCGUUAGUGAUAUCCCAACGAUUAUAUUUGGUGCUGAUGUGACUCAUCCGGAAUCAGGAGAAGACUGUAGCCCAUCGAUUGCUGCUGUUGUAGCAUCACAAGAUUGGCCAGAAGUUACUAAAUACGCCGGUUUAGUAUGUGCUCAACCUCAUAGACAAGAACUCAUUCAAGAUCUUUACCGGACUUGGCAAGAUCCUCAACGAGGAACAAUGUCUGGAGGGAUGAUUAGAGAACUUCUAUUGGCGUUCAAGAAAGCCACAGGACAGAAACCACUGAGAAUAAUAUUCUACAGGGAUGGUGUAAGUGACGGUCAGUUUUAUCAGGUUCUACUUUAUGAACUCGAUGCAAUUCGUAAGGCUUGUGCAUCUCUUGAACCAGGUUACCAACCUCCAGUAACCUUCAUAGUCGUCCAAAAACGUCACCACACACGUCUUUUGCCAAAUAACCACAACGACAGAAAUCACACUGACAGGAGUGGAAACAUCCUACCUGGUACUGUGGUGGAUACAAAAAUAUGUCAUCCAACUGAAUUCGAUUUUUACUUAUGCAGUCAUGCUGGAAUUCAGGGAACUAGUCGUCCUGCACAUUAUCACGUUCUCUGGGAUGAAAAUAAUUUCUCCGCGGAUGAAAUGCAGUCUUUGACAAACAACCUUUGUUAUACAUAUGCUCGAUGCACUCGUUCUGUUUCAGUAGUUCCUCCUGCAUAUUAUGCUCAUUUGGCUGCCUAUAGAGCGCGUUUCUACGUAGAACCUGACUCACGUGACAACGGUUCAAUGCGUAGCACACGUGCAACGAACGGUUCUGUCAACGUCCGGCCACUACCAGCAUUGAAAGAGAAGGUGAAAAAUGUGAUGUUCUAUUGCUAGAGGGUGAAUGUUGAGUUUAUGUUACAUAGUAGUAGGGAGUACAUGUAUGAAAUUAGGAUAGGAAUCUUAGUCAUGAAAUGUUAUGUUUAUAUAGUUGUAGGGAACAAAUUGAAAUAAGAAAUUUUUUAAGGUGA